AUGGGCAAGAGCAGUCCAGAAACCAGUAGCUGUGCCCUCACAGUCCUACUCAAGCAGCAGUUAAUUAAUUAUACCAGUGCAUACCCUUGGCAGCAGGUGGACUGAGACUCCUCUGGGGUUGCGUAUGCCUCCUUAAUGGGUCCAUGGAUUGAGCAGCCUUGCUAUGAGGAGGGACUGGGCAAUUUUAUGUCCUUUGAGCACUACCAGGAUAACUUCAGCUGUGUCUGUGUGAUUUUGGGUGCUUUAUGGGCCAAGCCUGGGUGUGAGAAAUCUCCUAUCUUGGUAGGGACCACCCAUUGCCUUAUGAUUAUUAGUAUUUUUACCAGAAUCUCAAAGAAAUUAUUUAAGACCUGAAUGAUAUUACUAAGUACCAUACUGUAGUGCCUUGUUCUCUGCCCCCAACCAUCACUAGCCCUGCUGCUGCCUGUGGUGAGACACUGUUCAGCUAGAUUCUCAAAGCCCCUGGAUCUUGAUGUGGAUGGUACAUUAGCUACAUUAGCCCCAUUAGUGCUCUUGGCACUUCCUCUGUUUCUGACUUUAACUAUAUCCAGAAAUACUCUGACUGACUAGUAGCUGACUAAGGACACCCUGGACUCUGGAAGCCCUGCGUUAAUCCGAUUCUGCAUUUAACACCAAUCCUGGCCUUGUGGUGUCAUCCUCUGUAUAAACAUCAGAGGUGACCCUCCCCCCAAGCCUGUCCCUGCACAUUUUAUUUUAUUUUAUUUUAUUUUAUUUUAUUUUAUUUCAUUGCCACAAAGGUUAUUACAGAGAGCUCAGUGCCUGCAUGGCUCCUCCACUCCUUUGACCAUUAUUUUCAUAGAGAGUGAGAAAGAGGAAGACAGAGUGAGAGAGACAA